CUGAUGGCAGUCCCAUUGCCUGCUCGUCCAACGUGGGAAGCCUCUUGUAGUUCCCUGACCUGUGCAGCCAGGUGUCCUCCCUAUGGCAAGGGUGGCAAGGACAGAGGGAUCCCCAUGCACGUAGGGCUUGAGUCAGGAAGGAGCAUGCAGGGAGCUGGGAAGUGGGAACUGGGAAAUGCUCACAGCUCCUGCAGUACAGACCGUAGACCAGGCACUUGAAAUCCCAAAACUAGCAUUGGAGCCUUGUGGCAGGAAGGCUGGAAGUGAUGAUAACCCGGCCUGCUCGAGCUGUCUGUGCUGCGAAAGGCGCACUCUGUGUUUUAUUACAGGCAGGGCCUCAUUCCAGCUUGCACAAAAACAUGCCAAGUGUUACCACGCCAUGUUACCAGCGCGUGAAUCAUGUGCAGAACCACCGGGCAGCUGCGGCUCUGCUCCUCUUCUCCUGCUUGUGGGGCUGUGCUAUGCCUCCAGCAGCCGGAGCAGAGGCGGCCGGAGGAGCAGCAGCCUGCAAAGAGAGAGCGUGCUGCAGGCUGCCGGCUGUGCCUCCCUCCCCCAGCUUCGAGGAGCGGGUUUUUACAUGCCACCAAAGACAUUAAGACAUUCGCGCUCACACGCCAACCCACAACAAAACCCACACAGGCAGCGCCGAGGAGCUCUCACCAGGAAGCUGACUUACCCUAAACCACUCCACUGUUUCUCGUCAUAUUACAUCUGGGUCCCCUGUCACUGCCGCUGCCGGAUGAGUGACCCAGUCUCCGGGACUUAUUUGGCCUGUAGGUGCAGAGGGCCCUGCUCACCACUUACUUUUUUUUCCCCUUCUUUCUACAUAAUAUAUUUUUUCUAAUCUGCUAAAAAAAAGUCCGUCUGAAAACCCAAGAACACAGAUCUCCAUUCUUCUUUUUUUCUUCCCCUAUCUCACGCAGAAUAAUUGACUUCCGUAAAGUUUAUUUUUCAACAGCCUCUUUCAGCUUCCUGUGCCUGAAACACCGCUUGACUCACUGAAGAAUUAAAACUGACAGCACUGCAGAGCCGUGUGGGAGAAAAGGGGAUUUUAGACUCAAGUGACACAGUCAAGUCUUGAGGAGUAAAGACAUUUGGAUGGUUUCUCACCAAAUGGAAGUUAUCUAGAGAGCCCCCAAGACCACUGCAUCUCCUCAUUGUGCUUCUGCUGCGCCGAGAAAGUGCCCUUGGCCCUGGACGUUAAUAAAAUGCUGGAUUCAAUCAAGUGCGUGCUGGUGGGGGACUCUGCGGUGGGGAAAACAUCUCUCUUGGUACGUUUCACCUCUGAGACUUUUCCAGACGCCUACAGACCCACUGUGUAUGAAAAUACCGGAGUGGAUGUCUUCAUGGAUGGAGUACAGAUUAGCCUAGGUCUCUGGGACACAUCUGGCAGCGAUGCCUUCAAAGGCAUUCGCCCCCUCUCCUACCAGCAGGCAGAUGUGGUGUUAAUGUGCUACUCGGUGGCGAACCACAGCUCCUUCCUAAACCUGAGGAACAAGUGGAUCGGCGAGAUCCGCAACCAUUUGCCCCGCAUCCCCGUGCUGGUGGUGGCCACUCAGACUGACCAGCGCGACACAGGGCCCUACCGCUCCUCCUGCAUCAGCUCGAUGGAUGGGAAGCGGCUCGCCCAGGACGUGCGAGCCAAGGGCUACCUGGAGUGCUCUGCCCUCAGCAACCGUGGCGUGCAGCAGGUGUUUGAGUACGCCGUGCGGACAGCAGUCAACCAAGCCAAAAGGCAGAACAGGCGGAAGCUCUUCUCCAUUAACGAGUGCAAGAUCUUCUGAGGGCCGCCGGCGGUGGUUUUGCCUGCAUUCGUUCUUUCUGUCUUCUCACAGAGACGCUGCGGCAGAGAUAAUGGGGGUUGAAUCAAAGGAGGACUCCUGGCAGGACCACAGUGCAGGUGCUCCUAAUAAGACAGAUGCACGCUCUCUCUGAUCUGUUCCCCCACCCAACACACAUGGGCACUAUCUUUAAAAAUGACGAGUGCAGGUGAAUGCAGCCCUGUGCUUGGACUUUGCUGUCCUGGACUGGAGGAUUUACAGACCAUAGCUGUGUUGAUUUUGUUACUGGUGUUCCUCAGUUGUUGGUUUGUCUGCAUUUAUUUAAUGAAAAACUUCUGCCUGGAUCAGCCUCCCUUCGAUGUAUCUGUCUAUGUGGAGACUUUUUUUUUUUUACUCUAAGGACUUAAUGUAUAAAAUCUGACCAUUGUAUAUCUAUUUAAAAGAGUCUUGUAUUUGUUGUAAAAUCCCGACACUUUGUUUUCAUAUUUUGGAAGUUCUUCCUCUACCUAACCAUAGAAGCGAAUCAUCUUAUCCAUACAAUAAAUGGCCUGCAAGCAAGCCGACCACUUCUUACACAUGCCUGAGUUACUGCACGACAGUGACUGAGCCCAGCAUGUCCAGCGUAGGAGCGAUUAAAACAUACUUGACAGAUAUUUGAUAGCUGACCCAUGGCUUUGUGAGAUUUAUGUUGUUAUCAUAGUCCUCUUCCUAGGAAAAUGGAGUCCGCCUCAGGUCAAAAAUGGGAUGAAACAGGAGGAACUUAAUUCUUCCUAGACCUGACCUAAUUACAACCCCAGAAGGGCCGGCUUGCAGUCAGGGCUUGUUUAGACGCAUGGGUGGGGUGGCAGAGACAAAUCUGUACUAUCAUCACCUCUCAUGUCUCCGACGUAGUUUUGGAGGCAAAAGAUUUCAUUGUUCAGGGAUGAAGGGUAUUUUUUCGUGAGCACUAAAAUUCUCACAAUAUUUUAGUACAUUUUUUAAUAAACUGUGGUUUUAGUGAAACCAGUGACCUACUAUAGUAAAAAAACAAUUACGUGGCAAUGUUGAACAUGCAUAUUUAGAAUGGAUAAAUAACAUUUUGGGGGAUUUGAGUGGUAAGAGUAACUGCCUUGGAAAAAGCAACGACUGAAGCAGGUUUUGCACCCUGGGGAGCUUGGCAAGUCUGAGCGUCAAAUCCUGGCAUACCGACUUGGGCCAAGUUACCUUCCUGCACAGAAAGCCAGGCUGAGGAGGUGGAAACUCCAGGUGUGUAAGAGGACUCUGCUGGAAGAUGGAGGGGGUCAACCUGCAGGGGUUCGUCUCACCACGUUGUACGUUCCUUGUGAGCUGUGGUGUCCCCCUUCUCCUCAUGUUGUCUUCACCAAACUCGCUGCCCCACAUCAUCCCUCAGGUCUUGCAGACCUGUCUCAUUCCAAGGUUUCUGCUGCCCUUCCUGGUCUUCAGCUAGCUCAGAACUGGCCCUUGAGGGGCCGAUAUCACACUGCCAUGGACAAUGGUGUACAAAACCGUAGGAUGAUUCUCCUUCUCUGUGGAGAUCCCAAGAGAAUGAGCAAUGUCUGUUCUGACUAAACCCUGAGUCAUGUGUCUCAACAGGAAUGGAUGCAAUGGCUUUUCUAAGUCAAAUACAAGGUGGGACUUCAGGAGUUACCCUACUGAGCAAAUAAUCUAUAACUGGGAUCUGACCUACCUAUAGUUUAUCCCUGAAAAAUCAGUUGUGUGCUCUUCUCCACGCUCUGUUAUACCUCUGAGCUUCUCCAUAAAGAGAAAUUCCAAAUGAAAUUGUUCUUCUCCUACAAAUCCCAGAGAAGAUCUCAUUUGUGAUGUAGGUGAGCAAGUAUCUGCAUCGUGAGCACCUUGAAUAGCAGUGGUGCGCAGGACACUUGAUGUUGUAGUAGUCAUGACAGCUCCCAGCCUGGUGAGUGUUUACCACUCAUCAACCUUAUUCCAAGGGAGGCUCCUGGUCAUUAAAACAUGUUGGUCUCAUGUGAGGUGUCUGUAUCAGCUUCAAAUCUUUGCAAGCUUCUGCAUCAGAGUACACAAGAUGAGGGCUCUCAUCACCACCCAUCUUUCCUGUACUCUUCUCUUUCUGACCCCUCUUUCUCUUUGCAAAACUUUACGUGUACAUUGCAAAUCUUUUGCCCCCUGAAACACUAAAACUGACAUGUUUGUAAAAGAACCCGAACUGCCUGAUAACUUAUGCUGAGUUACACAAGUAGCUAGGUAUUUGCAGUCUUCAUUUGAAAAUAUUUUGGCUUUUGGAAGAAAUGUUUCUAUAUCUCAAUUCUUGUAAUGCGUCUUCACUGAAAGUGCUUUUUUUUCCCCAACCCUAAUUUAAAAGUAGCCAUUGUUACUGUUUGAACAUUAAAGAUCAUGUGCAAAAUAUCACUCUUGUUAUGGUCCCUUUUUUGCUAGCUGAUUUAACGUCCGUUUUCAUCAAUGUGAAAAGUUUUUUGAAACAUUUUUUACCAGCAUGUUCUAUUAUCUGGUGGUGUGUGUACGGUCUCUUUCCUUCCUUCCUUCCUUCCUUCCUUCCUUCUUUCUUUCUUCUUUUUCUUUUUCUUUUCUUUUCUUUUCUUUUCUUUUCUUUUCUUUUCUUUUCUUUUCUUUUCUUUUCUUUUCUUUUCUUUUCUUUUCUUUUCUUUUCUUUUCUUUUCUUUUCUUUUCUUUUCUUUUCUUUUCUUUUCUUUUUUUCUGUGGGUAAAGCUUUGCUUACAACAAUUCAUGCUGCUGUUUUUAUGUGUUGACAAACAGUAACUGCUAGGCCAGGAUGCCCUGCUACGGUAUCCGUCACAGGAUGCUGGGAUUCAGGGAACAGAAAGCUCCAAAGAAUUGGUGUAUCAGAAAAAGCCAGAUGAAAAUGUUCACACUGUAAUUCAAAAUCCCAUUCCAUCUAUAUUGGCUUCACAAAGCUUGUGAUAAUAUGUUAUAAAAUGAUGAAUUUUUCAUUGCAACUUGCUGAAGCAAAAUGGAUAGGCUUCCCUGACCUGGCGAUAUGGGAUGCACAGGGAAUUCAGGAGUGGCUUGAUAAACCCUUUGUUGUGCAUCCUAGAGCCGUUGUGAACCCACUGAAAGUUGGCUGAUUUUUAAAAUCAAAUUGAAGAGAGGAUAAAGUAACAGAGAGAUUUGGGUUUGGUGUUAUGCGAAAAAAAGAACUGCUUCCAAUUUUCACAGCCUGCUUAUUUUCAGGCUCUUAAAGCUAAAAGGCACUUUUCAUUGGGAGCAAACUGUGAGACACGUUAUUUCAGUGUCUGUAAUUAUGCGGCUUUCCUGGGCUGAUGUGCUCAAAACGUGUGGCAGCUCAAAAGCAGAGUGACAUCUGGACGUGGCAGAUUCUGGCAGAAAACCCUGCUGGGUCUGGGCGGGCACCGCUCAUGCUGUAAGAGCACCGCAGCCUGCACGGACACGCAGACCCGCACAGCGCCUCAUCCAGCGCUGCCCCUUGCCCGUGCCCAGAGCCAGCCCUGCAGGAGGACAGACAGACAGACAGACAGACAGACCUGCUCUCUCCUCAGGCCUCACCCUGCUCAGAGACUGACCAAAGCCCUGCGAUGCCAGGCUGAAUGCUCCUGCCAAAAAGCGCUGCCAGCACAAAUCACAUAGCUGCUUCUCUUUAUUUCUGAGAAAUGCUAAUCUCUAUUUGAGUGAUUCAAGAUGUUGGGCCACCUCCUGUUUUCUCUCUUUCUUUUUUCUUUAGAUGAAAAGAUAUUUCCUUUCAACGCUCUGAAUUAUGCAAACUUGAAAAUGUCACUCAGUGUCCCCAGCCGGAUUUGGCCGAGCAGCUUACUGGGGUGGAGCCAGCGCUUCUGUGACCGCGCUGUGUACGCGGUGCGGAUGGCAAGGGGAGGGAUGGACAGCUUAUGCCUCCCCCAGAAAAACAUACUGGGGUUAUUUUGUCAGCGUUACUUGGGCAACGGGGUCCCUGGGUACAGCUCUGUGGUAAAAACCCAACGCCAGUAUUCAAAAUACAUUCAAAUGACAGCUGGGCAAAAGCGUUUAGCUUUUGAAAUGAGGUGCAGCCUGGCGGCUUGAGCCGCUCUGGCCGAAAGGAGGAACCUUGCCCAAACGUUCCCUUUCUGACGUUUCAAACCUUUCACUUUAUUACUUUGCUGCUAAAUUAACUUUGGCUUACUGUUAAAAUAGGUUG